AUGAAAUUAAGUCUUAUUCGACUCAGUGGUGGGGAUGCUGACGUUCCAGCUCAUAUUCGACAACAGAUGACUACAAAUUGGUAUGUUCGUCACUUCAAUUCCUAUACAACUCGUGGUCGAGCUAAUAGUGUAAUUGCUGUUAUUGGAGGUUGGUUUCUUUUUGGCUAUACUAUGUCGAAAUGGUCUCAAUCGCGUAAAGCUAAACAAUUAGUCGCCGAAUCUGCUAAACAAGCAGCUCCAGCUCCACAUGCAUCAUCAGCAAAGAAUAGUGGUCAUCAUUAA